UUGGGAACUGACCAUUUCGAUCACGACGUCUGGUGGCAAAAGAAAAUACUAGUUUUAGUGUGCACUUUAGUAUACAAGUAUAUGAAAUAAUAUAUAAAAAUUAAUUAAAAAAUAAAAAAAAAAAUUAAUUAUUCUAAAAUGGAACUCAUUAAAUUAAACCCUCGUUCAAAAAAUAAAAGUAGAGUUUAUUGCGCUGUGAAUGGUUGUGGUAGUAAAUCCCAUGAAAAUUUAGAAAUCAGUUUCCAUGCUGUACCUAAACCUGGUAGUAGUUUUGUUUAUGUUGAGAACUAUUUUGGAGUAAAAGAAAAAAUUGAUAGGUUUAAAGCCUGGCAACGUGCUUUAAAAUUAAAAGAUACAAAUCGCCAUAUGAGAGUGUGCUCGUUACAUUUUAAGAGAAGUGAUUUUAUUUUACCAGAUAUCAUAACAAAAAAGAUGACGCUAAAAAAAACAUGUGUUCCAUCAUGCAAUUUGCCGACUUCUAGCAAAUUAUCAGCUCAAGCUGAAAAAAUAAAAGAGGCACGACAUCAGCGUCGAUUAAAUCGGAGUUCGAAAAAAAAAGCAGACAAAAAACAUACAAAUAUAAGUGAGGAUUGUAAUGUGGAAAAUUUAGACAGUAUUUUACCAGAUAAAAGUGGUGAAGAUCUUUUGAGUAAUGAUAAUGUUGAUGUACCAUCUGAAAAAUCCUGCAUAGAUUUCGGAGUUCAAGUGGAAACUGUAUUUAUUAAACCAUCAUUCCUGGAUUUUAUCAACACCGAGGAAAAUUUACAAACAGCAACAGGAAUUCAGUCGUAUGAAAUCUUGGAUUUAAUUGUUGAGCUGGUAAAUGAUAAUUAUGGACGGUGUUUAUAUAAUAGUAAAAUGAGCUUGAAGGAUAAAAUAGUCAUGACGUACGUAAAGUUAAAACAGAAUCUUUCGUACUCAUUUCUAGCAAUAAUUUUUAAUAAUUGCACACCGAGGCACUGUCAACGAAUUAUAUACAAAACUUUGCAAAUGUUAAGUGAAACAUUAAAACCUAUGAUAACUUGGCCAUCAAGAGAUGAGAUCUCUCGUAACUUACCAAAAGUAUUUAAAGGUUUCGAAGACGUGAGGGUGGUUGUAGAUUGCACUGAGAUUUUCAUACAAGCUCCAACUAAAUUGUGUUGUCAGGAAGUUGUUUAUUCAAACUAUAAAUCAUCUCCAACGAUCAAGAUUAUGACCGGAGUAUCACCAGGAGGGCUGAUAACGUUUAUAAGUAAACCGUUUGGAGGAAGAGCUAGCGAUACAGAAAUAUUUUCUAACUGUGAAUUAAUAAAUUUGUUAGAAGUCAAUGAUGGAGUUAUGUGUGAUCGAGGAUUUUUAAUAGACGAGCUUUGUGCUCGAAAAAAUUGGAAACUUAUAAGACCACCUUUCUUAAAAGAUAAGAAACAAUUUUCCCAAAGUGAAGCCAUCCUCACCUCACAAGUUGCUAAAGCUCGAGUGCAUAUUGAAAGAUCAAAUCAACGAAUCAAAACCUUUGCUGUGGUUGGUGAAACAAUGUCGGUGAAACUGGUACCAAUUAUUGAAGAUAUUUUCACUGUUAUCUGUGCAACAGUCAAUCUCAGUUCGCCCAUACUGAAAGAUGAUAAAUUUAUGCAACAAUAAUAAAAAAACAAAUUGUAAAUAAUAUUUAGAAAACAGUUUAAUAUAAAUUAAGA